ACAGGUCACAAUGGAUUGAGGCCAAACAAAACGUUUCCAUCCAAGAUAACAUCCUUGCAAGGCAGCGGUUCCUUUGCUUGUCAAACAGAGAGUGAACCCGCAAUGACUUCUACCUUCACUGACCUCUCUCUUCUCCGGCCAACAAUACCCUCUCUCAUUCCCUCCUCUUUCUCAAAAUUCACCACUCACAGACCCUUAAAACUCCGUUGCUCCCUAACCGAAGAUUCAACGACAUUUAUUCCCUUCAAGCUCAACGGCGAAGCCCAAUCCAGCGCCGGACAUUCUGCCACAGCGGAUUGUGUCAUUGUUGGAGGCGGAAUUAGUGGGCUCUGUAUCGCACAAGCUCUUGCAACCAAACACUGGGAUGUUGCUCCCAAUGUGAUUGUCACGGAAGCCAGAGAUCGCGUUGGUGGCAACAUCACCACCCUUGAAAGAGAUGGUUAUCUCUGGGAAGAGGGCCCCAACAGUUUCCAGCCUUCCGAUCCUAUGCUCACCAUGGUGGUGGAUAGUGGAUUGAAGGAGGAUUUGGUAUUAGGGGAUCCAAAUGCGCCGCGUUUUGUAUUGUGGGAUGGGACAUUAAGACCAGUACCAGGCAAGCCGACUGACUUGCCGUUUUUUGAUUUGAUGAGUAUUGGUGGCAAGCUCAGAGCUGGCUUUGGUGCUCUUGGACUUCGGCCUCCGCCACCAGGACACGAGGAAUCAGUUGAAGAGUUUGUGCGGCGUAACCUUGGCGAUGAGGUUUUCGAGCGAUUGAUAGAGCCUUUUUGUUCAGGCCAUGUAAGACAAUCUUUUGUUCGUUCUCGUAAAUAUUGCGUGAAAUACUAUGGGGUCAUCCAUCUAACACCAAUGAAUAUACGUGUUGGUGUUUAUGCGGGUGAUCCUUCCAAACUAAGCAUGAAAGCGGCAUUUGGAAAAGUUUGGAACCUGGAGCAAACUGGCGGUAGUAUCUUUGGUGGGACUUUCAAAACAAUCCAGGAGAGAAGUAAAAACCCCAAGCCACCUCGAGACCCGCAUCUUCCAACGCCAAAGGGCCAAACUGUUGGAUCUUUUAGAAAAGGACUUGCUAUGUUACCUGAUGCAAUAGCAACAAGGUUGGGUAGCAAUGUAAAAUUAUCUUGGAAGCUUUCAAGCAUCAUUAAAUUAGAGAAUGGAGGGUAUAGUUUGACAUAUGAAACACCAGAAGGAUUAGUUUCUCUACUGAGCAAAAGCGUGGUCUUCACUGUUCCAUCCCACAUUGCAAGCACUCUACUGCAUCCCCUUUCUCCUACAGCUGCAGAUGCACUAUCAAAAUUAUAUUACCCACCAGUUGCGGCAGUGUCCAUUUCAUACCCAAAAGAAGCAAUUAGACCAGAACGCUUAAUAGAUGGUGAACUCAAGGGGUUUGGUCAGCUGCAUCCACGAAGCCAAGGGGUGGAAACCUUAGGAACCAUAUAUAGCUCAUCUCUUUUUCCUAAUCGAGCACCUGCUGGAAGGAUUUUGCUCUUGAACUACAUUGGAGGAGCUACUAACCCUGGAAUUGUGUCUAAGACAGAGAGCGAACUUGUAGAAGCAGUUGAUCGUGAUUUGAGAAAGAUUCUCAUAAAUCCUAAUGCGACAGAUCCACUUGUAUUAGGGGUGAGAGUGUGGCCACAAGCAAUCCCCCAGUUCUUGAUUGGUCAUUUUGAUAUCCUAGAUGCUGCAAGAGAUGCUCUCAAGGAAAAAGGGUUGCAGGGGCUGUUUCUUGGGGGAAACUUUGUAUCUGGUGUCGCAUUGGGCCGAUGUGUAGAAGGGGCUUAUGAGGUUGCUUCUGAGGUAACUGAUUUCCUCUCCCAAUACGCCUACAAAUAGUGCUAGAUGCGGGAUGAUCAUUGAGGAUUUUAGUCAAGUGUUCAAGUAUCCUGUAGGUAUGAGCAGACAGAUGAGUGAUUUCUCUGCGGCUGUUGAAUGAGGUUGAGUGGCUGGAGAGUUAUUCUUUGUUUUAGGCCUUCUGUAUGACUCUGUAGUUACUCAAUCCAUAUUAGGUUUAUCAUUAGUAACAGUAGCAAUGAAAUGUAUUUUUUGUUACGCAAUGAUCAGAAGUGGAGUUAGCACCAA